AUGUCUCGCCUAUUGCUACACCCGUUGUUACAUAUUCCGACAUCUCGAUCCACUUUGCUCUUGUUCUCAUCACCAAACUUCCAAUUACCACCGGCAUUUUAUUUAAUUAGAAAUCAAGUUCGUUUUUCUGGUCAUAAUAAAUGGAGUAAGAUAAGACAUGGGAAGGGGAUGAAGGAUUCAGCAAGGAGCACGAAUUUCCAUCGAUUGGCAAAGGAUAUAUCUUUAGCAGUGAAAGAGGGCGGAUCAACAGACCCUACGCUGAACGUUCGACUAGCAACUGCAAUAGCAACCGCUAAGAAAUCUCAAAUGUCAAAAGAGACUAUAGAUAAUGCUAUAAAACGUGGCGCAGGGCAAUCAAAGGAUGGAACCUCGAUUGAAAGGGUCACUUACGAAGCGUACGGUCCCAAUGGCACUGCGUUUAUAAUAGAAACAGCGACGGACAACAGAAAUAGAACUGUUAAAGAAAUCAAAGCAUUACUGGCCAAAUUCGGUGGGUCUAUCUCAGAAGUGUCUUGGAUUUUUGACAGAAAAGGCAUAGUCCGAUUUACCAAGGGUACUACCGAAGACACAAUAGACGUCAUGAUGGAAAAGUCACUUGAAAUCGAAGGAGUGGAAGACAUACGAGAGUUGGAUCAAGACAUAAUGUGUGCUCCGACGUCAAUAUCAGCUAUCGCGUCGUCUCUCGCUUCAGGGUACGAAAUCACCAAGAUGAGGGUAGAGUAUAUUCCGACGGAUACUGUACAAAUUAGUGGAGAUGAGGAGAAAGUAGGUCAAUUCGAGAAGUUCCUUGUGUCUCUGAAUAACCAUGAAGAUGUAGUUAGAUUCUACACAAACGCCGAAUGA